AUGGAGCUUUUUCCACGAUAUUUGAAUGAGAUUUCUGAUGGUGCUCGAAAUAAGCGCCUGGCAGCUUAUGAGAAGCUGUCACAGCUGUGCGAAGAUGGUUGUCUUAAUAACACAGAGGAGUUUGACCUGCUUCGAACGUGUCUUCGUGGAUUUGAAGAUGUUUCAGAGCGUUGCCGUGAAUACUCAGUGAGGCUUGUAACACGCGUUUUUUCACGGCUGAGCUCUUCUGUGCUAGAUUGGGUUUUGCCAGCUGUUGUGACUAGGAUAGGGGUGUCACCCGUUGUAGAGGAAAGCGAGGAACUACGACUUUUAUUAUUACGGCUUGCGGUAUUGUGUAUGGAAACCUACCCAAAUGAAAUUGGUCCCCGUAACUAUAUUGACUUUUUCCAGGUGCUUUUGGAAAACUGUUUGCGUGAUGCCUAUCCAGAACUGAAAAAGGAGGCGUGUCGUGCGUGUGUUCGUCUCUGUGAGAUUGAACCUGUGCAAACCAAACAUGUUGCAUUGCCGCUUGCCAACGUGGUCAAAUGUUAUCUCCUUCAUAAACACAGUGUGGUGAGGGUUGAAGCUGUACGUGCAUUGACCUCAUUAAUCCAUCGUGGUGCUGCACAGAUUCUUUCGGAUGGUAAUGAAGAAGAAACCCGAACAACAGCCUCCAUACUGUUUGUUUUGGCAAAUGAUCAUGUGGAAUCGGUGCGAGUCGCUCUUGUAGAGCUGCUUUCGACGGUAUUUUUGGAUAUUGUGGAGCGUCUAGAACAACAUCGCAAGUAUUUGCCCCACUUGUUAUUGUUAAUGACAGAUCGUUUUGACGCUGUAUCAACAAAAGCGUGUACGCUCUUGGAGAACAUGGGAAAAUUGUAUAUGCUUGACAAUAAGGAUGACUCCAUCGAUAUAACUAAGAGAAGAGUGACUAUGAAAGAUAUUGAAUGGUAUGGGGAUGACGAAUAUCCAGAUAUGGCUUUGACGACGGUUGAUACAAAUUUAUAUCAUGUUUUAAAAACACGUCCCUUUUUGGGAGCGCGCUAUGUUGUGGCUGAGGCUUUACGUGGGUUUAUUGAUAAGAUAUUGGCAGAUGUGACAGCCAUUGAUUGGGUUAUCAAAUUCUCUUCUAAUAAUCGGCGUAUAGUUGCUCUACGUAUUCUGUGGAUGGCUAUCUACCACAGUGAGAAGUAUGUGGUACAAUUUGUGGAGCAGAUAUUGGGUGUUUUAUACAAGUCGUUAAAGGAGGAUAACCAAGAUGUUGUUCAAGAGUCGCUUGUUUGCCUGGAAGUGCUGGGAAAGUUUUUGACACCAGAACAAUACAUGCCCUUUUUAACUGGAAAGGGAUAUGUAAACCAGGUUGACGAAGAGACUACAGUGGUGGUUCAAUCGCACUCCAAAACGAUAUUGGUAUCACCUGCUAAUGGUUCGCUCCCUCCUGCAGCAACAAUUUUUUCAACAGCUGCCAUGUCAGUGAAAUGCAGUAUUUUGGUGGCAUUCCGUUACCUUAUAGAAGGCUCGAAGCAUUUGUUAUCUGCUUCACAGGGUAACCAAAUAGUUAAGGUGAUGACCUCUGCUGAUUUACUGGAUAGUGAUUGUGAAGCACUUCUAUGUUCUUUGUUGGACACAUUGGGCACAGUGAUGCGUGUCUUGGGUGAGUGCGGGUUCAUUCCAACAGCAACGAAACCCUUACCUCGUGAAGUUGCAGAGGACGUGGCUCAGAGAACACUAGAUUCAAUAAUUUUUUAUGCAUUAUUGUGUCUGCGAAUGUCUGAUUUUCCGUCUGUACGAGAACGCGUUUCUCGGUAUAUAAACGAUUUGUCGUUCAUUGUAACAGGGGAAGCUGAUGGCAUCUACGAUCUUCACUUUGGGAGAUUGUUAUUUAGAUAUGGUGUUCAUAUGCCAGUUAGCGCCUUUUCUGAUCUUGUUGUGCACUGUAAAAAUAUUGAUAUUUACGCAGAACAGGUUUCAGGUAUAUUUCUUGUAAAACUGAACCAUGUCGACUUUUCGAAGAGUGUUAUCGAAGAAUUGCACUAUCUUCGUGUAUUGGAGCAACUUUUGUGGAAACGACCGCCUUUUUUUACAGGAACUCAAUUAGAGGAACUUCUUCGGUUGAUUAUUAUUCCAUUGGGAACGUUUCACCCGGGUCGUCAAGCUCAUCUACUUAGGAAGGUUGCCCUUAGUUGUUUAUGCGCUCUUGUUGAGGAAAAACAUAGCUGUCUGUUAAAUGUUUUAUUUGCUGACAAUGAUUUUGCCCUUUCCUCAAAAACGGUAACGGUUUGGUGCAAUGCCUCAGACGCCGAUGAUGCAGAGAUGCGUUUGGUAUGCAUGGAAAGUGCGGCGAAUAUAUGUUUACUACCUAUGAAUGCUGGUAGUGCGAAUGAUAUAUUCCAGUCGAUAUUACUACGAUUUGACGACUCCAGUGACUUUGUGCGAGCAAGGGCCGCCUCCGGGUUGUUGGGUGUUUUACAAAAAAAAGACCAUGUCUCUCCUAUUGUUAUUGACCAAAUUAUAGCACAAGUGGUGCCAUUGGUAAAAAAGAUAUUAAUACACCUCGAUGAUUCUGAGGAGACCGUGGGUUUAAGACAAGUUUUGGUGAAUGUAUUGAAGUGUAUUGCAGUUCUUUCACCGCUGACUACUGCAGAUUUGGUACGUACGGCUCAGAAGAAACACCAGAACCCCAUGUACUGCGAAGAUGUGCUACGCUAUAUAGAUUCUAUCUAG